CAUGCGGGGAGAUGGUCGCUUAGAAAGACGAAGAGAGCCCCUCUGAGAGAACACUCCGCGAUUACCACUCCGCGAUCACACGCUGUCCAGAUCUUGCUAUCCUUCAUGUUUGCACCUGUAUUUUCGCUCUUUGCUAGCACCUAUUUGGCAUCUUCCCUUCACUUUAACCAUCGCCGACUUGACGUUUAAGCGCACUUGGGGACCGACGUGACACGCAGGGGUCUGGCAAAUGGGCAAUAUCCCGCCGGCGACGCUUUGAAAGCGGACUCGGACGACAUGGGAUCCUUAGACUUCAUUGAAGACCUGCGUCACAGCGGCGCCGACAUUACGGAGGUUCGCAGCAUGUCCUUCAGGCAAAUUACUUCGCAACAGCCUGGGGAGUCGUACGACAGGUUCCUUGCCAAGUGGGAAGCUUUUGUCAACCGGUGUGACGGUGCCGGUACUCUGUCGGAUUGUGACCGUAUACGGAUGGUACUGGGCCGUGUCCUCCCCGAAAUUCGUCGCGGCAUCCCUUCUGAAAAAGUUCCUGAGAAAUAUGAGGAUCUCCAUCCUAUGAUUCGAGAGGUCGAAGCCAAAGAAAAAGAGUUAACCGACAGCCUACGUGCGAUGGAAGCUGCCCACUUGAUCUUCAAGACACCAUGUUUCCAAAAGCGCGGACAGUCGUACGACGACUUCGCUGACGAGUGGGACGCUCGUAUCGACCUGAUGCCCGACGCUCUGCCCGAUCCGUGGCGUAUAUGGAUGGUAUUGAGCCACGUCCUCCCUGAAAUCUACGACAGAAUCGUCAGGCAAGGGGUUCCUAAGAAGUAUACGGAUCUCCGUCCCAUGGCUCGAUAUGCCGAAGCCUCGGCUCGGGGUUUAAGCCGCAGCAGGCCCGAGGCCGAAGCGGCGUCUCCUCACCAAACGACGCGGCAAGACAAUGACGAUGCAUCGAGAAAGAGGCGUCGAGGGGAAAGUUCAUCUGAAAACUGGCAUCGAGGGAAAAAGAGAAAGUCUGGUGGGCGUGGAGGGGCAUGAACAAGGAGAGGAGAGCCUGAUGCACCUGUGAUUCUGCAGGUCGGGACUGUCAACUAUGGGUGCAGUCACAAUAGACGAGUUGGUCGGUCAGUACGGAGUAUGUCAGCCAGCAUGACUCCCAGGGCCUGACAAUAUUUGUCAAUAUUUGUCAAUUCUCGACAGGAAAAGUACAGGAUAACUUUGCAGAAUGAACUCCAAGCUUCCCAGACGCUGGCUCACCGAGACUCACCGAAGAGUGGAUACUUUUGGGGACACUGGACACUAUCAUUAGUCACCCGGUCUGGACACGAGGCAGCGAAUGACGCGCC